GCCAGAUACUGUUGUCCACCGAGGGAGAACUGCUUCAUACGUCCGUCGCUACUGCUUGUUACUGGAAACUGAGAUCAUGCCAAAACGCAAACGCUUUGCUACGGAGGUUGCACUUGGCUACGCCCACGCUGAAGCCUAUUUCGGUCAUGAAGCUGAAGCUUAUGUUGAAGCUGGAUUUGCAAGAGCAAAAGUUGAAGUCGAUGAAUUUAGUGUUUCAGCAAAUGCACUCAGUGCCUCAGUGAAAGCUAAAGAUACCUCAACAGGAACCAAAGUCAGGGCUAGAGCAAAAGUAGCAAGUGUGAAGGAAACUGAGAUCAUGCCAAAACGCAAACGCUUUGCUACGGAGGUUGCACUUGGCUACGCCCACGCUGAAGCCUAUUUCGGUCAUGAAGCUGAAGCUUAUGUUGAAGCUGGAUUUGCAAGAGCAAAAGUUGAAGUCGAUGAAUUUAGUGUUUCAGCAAAUGCACUCAGUGCCUCAGUGAAAGCUAAAGAUACCUCAACAGGAACCAAAGUCAGGGCUAGAGCAAAAGUAGCAAGUGUGAAGGAAAAUAGAAACAAGCCAAAACGCAGACGCAUUGUGGAAGCAAGUCUUGCCUAUGCCGGUGCUGAAGCCUCUUAUGGUGAUAAUGAAACUGAAGUUUAUGUUGAAACUGGACUUGGAAAAGUAAAAGUUGAAGCCGGUGCGUUUAAUGCUGAAUGCAAUUUAUUUAAACUCUCAGGUGAAUUUAAAAAUUCUCCGACAGAAAUCAAAGUCAUGACUAGACAAGAAAUAGGUUUAUCGGCAGGUGUUGGCCCUCUGAAGGUAAAAGUUGGUCGCAGUAUCGAUACUGGCUUCAAGCUAGGAAAUGAUGGAGCGGAACUCAAAAUCUUAGGUAAUGGGGUCAAGGUAGGAGAUGAUGGUAUGGAAGCCAGUAUCUGCGGUAAUGGGUUCACUUUCACAAAAGAUAAAGUGGGAGUCGAAGUCAUGGGUUAUGGAAUUAAGGCAGGAAAGGAUGAAGUGGAAUUCAAAUUUGGGGGUAUUGGGUUGGAAAUAAAAAAAUUCUAACCCAGUGUCUCUGUUCUCUGUUCAGAAGACAAUUAAGUUGUUAUGUAGCAAAUGGUCAAGGAAAUGCCAGGCACUGUGAUUAUUAAAUGAACAUGGCCGAUUUAAUGUACUUAGCUUGUCCCAUUGUAAACCAGUCUGUGUCCAUAAUAAAUUCAGAUGAAAUUGGAAA